CUCUGUGUGCUUGUGCGCGCGCGAUGAUAGAUUGCAAACGGGAGCGCGCGAGACAGAGAGAAAGAGCGAGAGAGAGCCAGAGAGAGAGAGAGAGAGAGAGAGAGAGAGAGUAGGGGGAGGGUCACGUGUGUACACACCGUACAGCACAAGCUCGUAGUAAAACUCUCGCGCGUCUUACCCCCCUGUUACCGGAUUUGCUACGUGCAGGAGGGGGAAAAAAGCCCCGAAACUACUCCCGUGUGUGACCUGAUUUACUGCAAAACACACGCAUAUUCACGGGCGUCCUCGUGCUCGGAUCCGCGUUUAUCCACGAGAAGUUUUCGGGGCAUCGGAUUUCGUAAUACGGGAGUUUGUGUUUGUGUGCGCGUGCGAGCGCGCGCGCUUGUGUGCGUAAGAGUUAGAAGAGGAGAAAUGUCAGUGAAAGUAAAGCAGGACCCGAUGCCUCCAUAGAUGCAAGAAAUCAGUCGUGUUGUGUCGAUCCUGUGAGCCGGAGCGGAACACAGCGGCGUCCUCGCGAUGUGGAGCUGCAUGGUUUAUAAUGAGACCGAAGGCAGCGCAGACCUGGCUGUUUGCUGGGAUUUGGGCCUCGCUCUGUCCAUCUUCUCCCUCUUUUACCUCAUUGUGUGCUUCCCCGUGGGGCUGUGCUACAACGCCCUGUUGGUGGCAGUAAACCUGUCCAACAAGAUGUCCAUGACGAUGCCGGACGUCUAUUUUGUGAACAUGGCUAUCGCUGGCCUCGUGUUGAACCUGGUGGCUCUGAUCGAGCUGCUAGGCCCAGAUUUCACCCGCUGGCCCGCUUGGAAUCAUAAUGACGAGGUCUACGUGACCCUGCUCAUCCUGUUCAACAUCUCCUCCCUGGUUAUCAUGUACUCAACAGCAUUGCUCAGCCUGGACUACUACAUUGAGCGGGCACUGCCACGCACCUACAUGUCCAGCGUUUACAACACCAAACACGUGUGCGGCUUUAUCUGGGGCGGUGCAGUGCUUACCAGCUUCUCCUCGCUGCUCUUCUAUGUGUGCAACCACGUGUCGGCUAAGAUUCUCGAGUGCUCCAAGAUCCAGAACAAAGAGGCGGCCGACGCCAUCAUGACCCUCAUCGGGUACGCCGUGCCAGCCGCCGCCGUCCUCUACGCCCUCUGCCUCAUCCUGCGCAUUCGCAAGGAGGCCACGCCCUUGGACCAGGACUCGGGACGGAUGGAUCCUUCUAUCCACCGGCUGCUCCUGGCAUGUGUGGGAGUGCAGUUUAUGCUCUGGACACCUUACUACACCACGCUCCUGCUGCUGACGGUGGUCGAUGUGCCCCGGAUGCAAACCGCAGGCACCUUCACUUUUCUGAAAGGCUUUUCACAGCUGCUUGCCUUCUCCAGCAGCUUCGCCAUGCCGCUCAUGUACCGCAAGAUGAACAAAAACUUCGCCCACAAGCUCCAGCGACUCUUGAAGAGGCUGCAUUGUGGCAAGCAGUCGUGUCCUCACGAACACUCGGUCAUACAGCAGGUGAUCACGUGAGGAUCUCUGCCGAGCUUUAGUUCACUUUAUAGGCACUUGCUGCACAAAACCACAGACCUCCGUAAAACUGUGAAACAGUGGAAUCUUUCACGACGUGUAACUUUCUAACCAGUUUGGCUUAAUGAGAGUGGUGAAAAAACCUUACAGACUCGCCCACUUUUUCUGAAAGGGGAACUUUAACUUAUAUUUGGUAGCAGUCUGUUACAGGAUAUCACGCAGGCCUUUUUAUAAUGCUUUCUGACCAACUUGAACUCAUUUAGCUGAAAGUGAACUCCUCACUGAAAGCUUCUAAUGUUACUCACAAUGCUUUGCAUUAAAAUAACCGACUCAUGCGAUGUUGAAUCACUAGAUAACAGUUUAUUAUAAAAUAAAUACCUUAGAUUAAUACAAGCCAAUGAACAUUACGUGGGAUGAGGCUGUGGAGUAAACAUCCAGAGAUAUCUCGUACAUCUUCUCAUCAUCCUGUGGGUGUGUAUUCGUCUGUGUGGGUGUAAGUGUGUGUUUGCUGCUCCCCACUUCCCCCUCAGCAUAGACAUAACGUUCGCAGCCGAAACUGAAUGAUUCAUUUGGUAACACCAAAUCAGUGGUGAUAUAAUGUGCACUUCUUGGCAAAAAAAAGGGGCCAAGCCUAAAAUACGACGCUUCUUACGAUCUUAACAACAAAUCAUUGGUCAGAGAAUGAAAAAGAAUGGAACAUGUGAACCGAAACCUCCUGUUCGUUUUAGUAAAGCGAAUGGAAAAUUAAUUUCUGUAGUAUUCUUGUCGGCAAAGAUAAAAUUAGCAUUGAAUUAAAUCAGCAAUAAGUAAAAUGAACAUCGGGUUAGGGGUGUAUGAUAUAUAUCGUCUAUGAUAACGUCAUAAUUGUUGUUUUAUCAAUGUGCGAUUUGACAUCAUCGAGUAUAUCACAAAACCCAAACAAAACACACCUACCGAGUGUUCUAGUAGAUUCGACUCAUGCACAUGCAUUUAGAGUGCGUUCUUUCACUGCAUGAUUCAGUCACAAAAUUCAAGAUAUCACUAUAGAAAAUGUGUGCGUUUUUAAAAUUUCAUAUUGUCCAGUCAAGUCAGCAUCACACAAAAAUCGCCAUUUUUUUCUUCCAAAAAUGUAUUAAAAAUUAUUAAAAUAUAAUAUAAAAUCUAUAUUAUAUUCAUAUUAAAUUGUAAUAUUAUAAAAUACUGAUUUCAUUUGCUUGGUAACAGCCAAAUUGUCUUAUUUUUCUAACUGACUGAUCAAAUGUAGGAAUUUGAUUUAAAAGAUGAUGCACAAUUUGAGGAAAAAAUUGCUUUUUUGAGGUAAAAAAUUUCCAUUAAAGUUAAAAACAAAUGUAAACCAUAUUGGAAAAGAUUCCUCUCGGUCACUGCUAUGAACUGAGCACCACACGGAAUAUAACGGAUAUAACAGAUUUUUGUUUGUCCACGGUAGUUUUUAAUCAUUAUCGAUAAAAUAAAUAAAUAAAUCGAGAUAAACAUUUUUUGUCCAUAUCGCACACCCCUACAUUGGGUCUUCUUUCUCUUUAAAAAAAAAUUUAAAGUGUCCACAGUUUACCCACAAGGCUUAAAGUUUUUACGCGAUUGAAGAAAAAAGCUAUCUUGUAUUAUUCGUGACCAGUGAUUUGUUGUUUGGAUUGGUUAAAGCUUCAUAUUUGUGCAGGACUGUAGGUGUAGCCUGAAUAUCAGGAACAAUAGCUAUAUCCUGUCGCUACCCAAAAUUAUUUUUCUCAACAGUCAUCAAAGGGGGAGUAGAAAAAUAAAAACUCCUUCAAGCUAUUUCCUUUCAUUUUGUGAAAAUUUCUGACAAGAAACGGGUAUUUUUAAAUCACUACGAGCUCCAGUGAUAAACGUCGGCCAGUGUCUCUCCCGCGAUUAUUUACAUCGAUUAUCCUUUUUAUUAGCAGGAACGAAAUCUCUGAAUGCGAUGCUGAAGAAGGAAACCAGCAAUCCGCCUCAGUUAAUAAUUAUUCCACUCUGACCAAAGUCUCAUUGAUUGUAGUGAAAUAUUUUAAGAGCAAAUAUCGGUUUAACGCCAUUGGCCUAUCUGGAGGCAGUGACGGUCAAGAAUUGCGUAACGUAUAACAAAUUAAAUAUACUGUACAUGAACAUUAACCUGAGGAUUCUUCCUCCUUAUACAGAACACGUUGUGCAGUAAAGACCUGUGUAUGAAAUGAGAAAACUCUCCAUAUACAAAUCCAAUCGAACUGAAUAAAAAGACCAGCACUUCUAGCACCAGAAUUUGUAACGUUUAACCAGCACAGACACAGCCUUCCUGCUUAUAAACAGUUUUAGCAUAAGCUUAUAUACACUAUAAGGACAAAAGUAUUGGGACAUCAGCCACCCAUUUGGUUCUUCCCCAAAGUGUUUCCACAAAGUUGGAAGCACGCAAUUGUACAGGAUGUCUUUGGAGGUGGUAGCAUUCAGUUUUGAACUAGAACUAGGAGACCCAAACCUGUUUCAGCAUAACAAUGCACAAAUAUAGCUCCAUUAAGAUAUUCUAUAUAUGGAUUGGAGAGGAAGAUCUUGAGUGGCAUUCAGUAGAGCUCUGACCUCCACCAUAUUGAACACGUUUCAGGUUGAAUCAGAACACUGACUGCACCCCAGACAUCCUCACUCUACAUCAGUACCUGACUUUACUAACCCCCUUGUGCUUGAUGAUGAGCACAAAUCUACACAAAAUCUAGUGGAACAUCUUCUCAGAAGAGUGGAGCUUACUUUAACAGCAAAUGGGGACUAGAUGUGGAAUUAGAUGCCCAAAAAGCAGAUUACGAAUCUUAUGGCCAGGUGUCUCCAAACCUUUGUCCAUAUAGUAUAUAUUCCUGUUAUUAUUCCCUUGGACUUUAUACUACAAAAAGUAUUUAUAUAUAUAUAUAUAUAUAUAUAUAUAUAUAUAUAUAUAUAUAUAUAUAUAUAUAUAUAUAUAUAUAUAUAUAUAUAAACAAAGUACUGUAAAUGUGUUGACAGAGAAAGUCAUAUCAUUUUAAAUCCAUUUAUGUUAACAGAGAAAAGAAAAUAUUUAUGUCUAGUUAUCUAACCUAUAAAAGAUUCACCAGUAAUCAUAAAUCUAUGGUCAUUUCUAGUGUGUUUAUACCGGUAUAAAUGUAUAUAUGAAAUCUAUGUGUAUAUAUUGUAUGUCAGAGAUUUUACAGGAAACGACUUCAUUUCAGAAUUACAGUAUUGUUCCUCAGAGAUUUAUGUAGCCACUAUUGAGUCAAAUAUAAUAAACUAACAUGAAUAUUACAAAGUG